AUGUUCGAAGACUCGAGCUCUUGUAUCAUAUCAUGGAUGGAAGUGUGGAGGUGGACGGUGACAUUCGGCUGUUUGUCUUGUUUGGCGGUUUUUUAUCAGGGCCCCAGAAACUCAACCCACCGCAAUUCCCUCUCCAACAUUCAAUCUCUUUCGGCUUUCCCACAUCGCCAAUCCGCAAUGGUAUAUUCUCGUGCGCUUCCCCGGCGUGUCAGCCUCGCCCGCUUGCCAGGCGCGCGCUGGAACCCUCCCCGUCGCACGAUAAUUCCCGCUCCGGGUCCGAAUACCGGGCCACUGAUGGAACGACGGGCAGACCGAGAACUCCCAACAAUCAACACCAGCCGACGCUGGCUGCGAACCCUGCCGAUCUUCGUGGUUGCCGUCGGCGCCGCCAUGCUCGGUAUUUUUAAUUACCAAAAAUCUUCCUCAAGCGUUGUUAGCAGCACCCUCUAUGCACUGCGAACUUCGCCGCAGGCGCGGGAAAUCCUGGGCGAUGAAAUCUAUUUUGCCCAGCAGAUCCCAUGGAUUAGUGGGGAGAUGAACCAGCUCCAUGGACGCAUUGAUAUCUCAUUCUGGGUCAAAGGCACUAAAGGCCAGGGCAAGAUGCGAUUCCGGAGCAUUCGGCCGGAUCGUAUGAGCUUCUUCCACACUGAGGAAUGGAGUCUCCAGACCGAGGAUGGCACCGUGGUGCAACUGCUUGACAGCGAUACCGAUCCCUUCCGACAGCAGUAA